CGGAACAUCUAGGAACAGAACCAGGCCAUGGCUGAGCGCUGUGGGGAGUUGACCGAAAUAAGUUUGUUUGUCAUAACAAAUGGCAGCAUGGCUAGAGAAUUGAUAACACAGCACUUGGACUGCCCCCGCCGCAUGUCAAUGCCCGAAAUAAAGAGUCCAUGCCGAGUAUAUUCAAAGAACACGUUUUUGUGUUGAACGCGCACGGACGUUAAGUCUAACUCAGACCGAAUAUGUCAUCCCUCGCUGGUGCCCUGUACCAGCCCGGAAGCUACAGCCAUGGUUUUGCCGCCGGACUGCCUCCUGUCAAUCCAGGAGGAUUUAAUGACCAAGAUGUGGACAUGAACCCUCCGAGCACUAACGUUCUUCCUAAGGAAGAAGAGGAUAGCGCGGCAAUCUCGGGGGUGCUAGACGACGGAACACACGAGGAAGAAAUGGAAGACCUCUUUGGAAACGACGCAGACGAAAAACAUGAUGUUGCAGAUACGAAAUCGGACAGUGCCCCUGCCGUUACCCCUGCUGAAUCAGGAUUUGAGUCAGACGAUCUCUCACAAGCGGAGAAAGAGCAUCGACAAGCAUUGGAAUAUCUCGAACCUGAAGAACCGGGUACCGUCGUGGAACAAGUCCGAGAGGCUGACGUGCGCAUUCCCAACGUCCCCGUUCCAAAGAGCUCAGAUGGCGAUCACUGGGUAAUUAGAAUGCCAGCCUUUGUAAAAAUGGACUCAAAGCCUUUUCAUCCGGACACAUAUAUCGGCCCAGAGCACGACGAGGAUGAUGGCCACCACAAUGAGAGCAUCCGUGAGAAGAGUAUGUCUAUCAAGCUCAAAGUUGAAAAUACUAUACGUUGGCGGUGGACAAAAGAUGAAUUAGGUCAAGAUAAAAGACAAUCGAAUAGUCGCGUGAUCCGUUGGUCUGACGGUUCUCUCAGCCUGAGACUAGGGAAGGAGUUGUUUGAUAUCACCAAGACUGUCGACACGUCUGGUGGUAUCGUACGCCAAUCACUAGGGGGCACUCAGCCGUCACAGCCAUCGCAGAGUCAGCCAGCAGCAUCACAAGGCCUGCUUUCUAGCUCAAGAUCCCAAGGCUUAACAUACCUUGUCGCACAGCACAAACGGUCGGAGGUACUGCAAGCGGAAGCUGUAGUCACAGGGUAUAUGACCCUGCGGCCCACGGGCAUGCAAUCCGAGACACACCGUAUGCUGGUGCGCGCGGUGGGUCAGAAACACAACAAAGUGGCCCGAUUACGUAUGGCUCCUGAUCCAACCAUGGACCCCGAGCGCGAGAAGAUGGAAUUAAUGAAGCAAUCAGCUCGAAAAUCCAAAAAGAAAACUGACGACACUGGAUUUGGCGUACGUAAAAAGAGGAGUCAAUCAAGGAAAAGGCAGGGACGUGAUAUCUGGUCGGAAGAUGAAGAAGAACCAGAGUAUGAAGGCUCAGACGACGACGACGAUUUGGGUGCUUCCAAACGUAAAGCAGACGAACAAAAGAAAAGGGGUCCCGGCGAAUAUCAGGAGGACGAUUUCGUGGUUGCGGAUGAGUCAGACGACGAUGCGGAGUUUGUUGGUGAGGCCGGGUCCAGGAAGAAACGAAAACAUCGAGAGGAGGAAGAGGAAGAUCCUCUGGACCAGCUUGAUGCUAAAAUUAUUCAGCGUCAGCAAGAUGAUCGGAAACGGAAACACCAUGACGUCGGAAUCGAGGAGGGGACGACAGAAGCUGCGGAAGAUGGCGCAGAAGCAGGGGGAGAUGAUGGUGACCAAGAUAUGGACAUUGAAAGCGAAGAAGAGGAAGAGGAGCACAGGGUUCGGAAAGCCGGAUCUGGCGCACGGAAAAAGAGAACGAUGGCGCUUGACGAUGACGAAGAGUAGUUUUGUGGCCACCUGUCUGCAUUCACCAUUGUUCUAUGUAGAAUUAUCCAUGGUCUGAUGCUUUUACAGCCAUUCGUCGUAUCUAUCUCAGCGUAGCUCCAACUUUCUCGCGCAACACGCCCGCUUCAUCCCAAUAUCCGGAUGGUUGAAUGCUGUUUACUUCGUCCUGAUUCUCCUUGUUGCCGUCCAACAGGUUCCGAAGUGCUAAUAUAGCAUGUUCUCGAAGGUCUAG